AUGGCGCGGCGGCGAUGGAGCAGAGCCGAGGAGGAGCGGGUGGUGGCGCUGGUGGAGAAAUGCCGCCUCUCCCGCCGGAAGCUCCAGCAGGUGCACUCGCACGUCCUCGUCUCCGGGGGGCAGCACAACAACUACGUGGCGGCGAAACUCGUGCGGGCUAUGGCGGAGCUCGGGCACCUCCGCGAUGCCCGCGAGCUGUUCGACGCUAUGCCCGAUCCGAAUGACUUCCUCUGGAACGCCCUCAUCUGGGGCUAUGCAAGACCCCCCGACCCUGACUGCGCUGGGGGGCAAGACUGCUGCUGGGAGGCGCUCCAUUCGUACGGCCGGAUGCACCGGUCGCUCUCCUCCUCCCCGCGGCCGCUUGCGUUCACUCUCUCCUCAGCUCUGAAGGCCUGCGCGAAGCUCUCAGCCGUGGAGGAGGGAACGCAGAUCCAUGCUCACGCGUUCAAGUACGGCUUCCAGUCCGACGCACGGGUGCAGACGACCCUGGUCGACCUCUACGGCUUCUGCCGCCGCCCCGCUGACGCCCGCCGGGUCUUCGACAGGAUCGUCUCGGCGAGCGGAGGAAUAGGUGACGUUCAGGUGUGGAACACCAUGAUCGCCGGAUACCACCUCUCCGGGGAUGCAGACGCUGCUCGGCGCCUGUUCGAUGAAAUGCCCGAGAGGAAUACCUUCUCCUGGAUGGAGAUGGUCCGGGGUUACGCCGCUACCGGACGGCCGGAGGAUCUCCGUCGGCUCCUCAAGGUGCUACCUCUGGCUCGGGAUGACGUCGAUAGGGUGGUCAUCUCCACCGCCGUGAUCACGGGCUUCCUGAAGUGCGGGGAUGCGGCCGCGGCCCGAGUGCUGUUUGAUGAAAUGCCCACCCCGGAUGUCGCAGCAUGGAACGCCAUCAUCUCCGGCUAUGCCGGAGCGGGACUGCCGGAGCAGGCGGUCGACCUCUUCCGGCUCUUGCUGGAGGACUGUACGGUGAGGCCCAAUCGAGCGACCGUCGUCGCCGCCGCCGCUGCCUGCGCCCAGUUGGGUUCGGCAGAGUCGGCAAGGUGGGUGGCAGACUGCGUCGACCGCCGCGGCGCCGAGCUGCUAAACGGCCACGCCGUCGCCGCCCUCGUCGACAUGCACGCCAAAUGCGGUGACCUGCGGCGGGCGUGCGGCAUGUUCCGGCGGUGGAACCCGAAGGACCUGGUCUGUUACAGCUCCAUGAUAGCCGCCUUCGGCGUCCACGGCCGGGGGAAGGAGGCUAUCGAGCUUUUCGGCGAGCUGCUCGCCGCAGGGUUGAGGCCCGACGGCGUCUGCUUCGUCUCCGUCCUCGCCGCGUGCAGCCACGCCGGGCUGGUGGACGAGGGCCAGCAGAUCUUCCAGUCCAUGAGGCGCGACCACGGCAUCUCCCCGGCGACGGAGCACUACGUCUCGCUGGUGGACAUGCUCGGCCGCGCGGGCCGCAUCGACGAGGCCCUUUGCACGAUAGCCGAGGAGAUGGUUCCGGCGGUGGGGCACCAUGCCGGCGUCUGGGGCGCGCUGCUGGGCGCCUGCCGGAGCCACCGGAAUGUGCCAGUGGCGGAGGAAGCCGCCCGCUGGCUGAUGGAGCUGGAGCCCAACAACGCCGGCAACUACGUGCUGCUAUCGAACGUAUACGCCGCCGCCCGGCGGUGGGAGGACGCCGCCCGGGUGAGGGGGCUGAUGAGGCAGCGGGGCAUGCGGAAGCCGCCGGGGUGGAGCUGGCUGGAGGUGAGCGGGAGAACGCAGAGGUUCCUGACGGGCCAGUUGGACGAGCACUCCGAACUGCAGCCUGUUUUGGCAGUGUUGGGUUGGGAAUUGAGUGGCGAAGGGCUGCCGCUCAUCUUUCCCACUGAAGUAGAGUGA